CUUCUUAUCAUUUAUGUCUGUUGUUUUCUUCUGAUUUUCUUCUCUCCUUCCUUUAAUAUCUCUGCAAGAACAACAAGAAGUGCGUGAUGGGUCUCUUGCUUUCUAGGAAUUUGGCUUGCAAAUUCAUAUACCCUUUUCUUUUCUACAAGAAAGUUUCUAAGGAUUUGUUUCCCAUUCAAUUGGAGAACAUGAUGUGCCUAGUGUCCCCUCGCACCGGCAGGCAUUUGCAACGCUAUGAUGACAAAGGGUGUCGCCAAGUUGUGGGAUGCAUACCUUACAGAUACAAGAGCAAUGGAACGCAGGAAAAGGAAUUAGAGGUUCUUGUGAUUAGUGCUCAGAAGGGUCAUGGAAUGCAGUUCCCAAAGGGAGGUUGGGAAACUGAUGAAUCCAUGGAGCAGGCUGCUUUAAGAGAGACUAUAGAGGAAGCUGGGGUUGUUGGCAGUGUUGAAAGUAAAUUGGGUAAUAAAUGGUAUUAUAAGAGCAAACGCCAACCCACAAUUCAUGAGGCAUAUAUGUUCCCUUUGCUUGUUAGUAAGGAGUUGGAUAAUUGGCCAGAGAUGAACACCAGAAAGCGAAGAUGGUUGACUGUGGCUGAAGCAAAAGAAAUAUGCCCCUAUGCUUGGAUGAAGGAAGCUUUAGAUGAAUUGGUUAAUAGACAAACUCAACUUGCAGCCUAAAGGGAUGGAGAUAUAAUUAGGUUGUAUAUUUUAGACAUUCUCUUGCUUUUGGAAUCUACGAAGUGGUAGAACUGAAGCACUCAAAAGAUAUUAGGAUAGAGAAAUUGAGAUUCACUGAAAAUCGAAGUCAUGAACUGGGAAACUUCUGUUCAUGAUGUUUGCAAUUUGUCCCUUGCUUUUGUUCCUGUGUUCUGAUUUGCUAGAGUUGGUGCAGCCAAAAAGUACAACAGCAGAUUAUGAAUUUGUAGAAUGUUGUUGAGAUCUGUCGGUAGGAGUAAGCUGUAGAUGUACAGAAAUUCAGUUCAUUUUUUCAUUCAUUGGAUUCUUUUGUAACCGUAUCUGAUAAACUAUGUGUAGCAUACUUACUUUUGGUAUCUAUUUCUGUCACCUAGAUCAGUACAAGAGCUCUUUUGUUUAGAAUUUAUACAACUCCAUGAAUCAUACCACCACCACCAAAUAAACGUAUC